CGAGCACUUUUUAGCUAGUUGUUCAACAUCAUCAAAAGCAAAAGGUAACAACCACAGAGGUGCUCAGAGAAAGGAGUGUCAGAUUUGGAGCCAGUGCGUGUAUAUCUUUAAGUUAGUUACGUUGUUUGUACAUGUAUUAAUAUAUAAAAUGGUCGACGUACGAUAAGUGUAUGAGAAUAAUAUAUAAUAUAAAAAAUAUAUAUAGAAGACAGAAGCAAAGGGAGAUACUUAGUUUUUGGAAAUAAAUAAACACGUAUUCACGGAAUACUGAAUAUGGAAGCAUCUGUAGUGUGACUGUGUUGGCAGUGAAUUGGUUUAUUCAUUUAAACUUACUUGCGCUGGUUGGUGAAAAUUGGAGUUUUUAAGUAAAAUCAUAUUAAUUUUAUGGUAUAAUAUGGAAAAACGUCAGGAAGGACUCGCUCCAUUUUCAUCAGAUGAAUGCCCCAAUAGCGGAGAAGAUAGUGACGAAGAUGUGAUUACGGAUUACUUAGGUUCGGAAAUCAAUGACUGUAAUCACCAUGUGUCUGUAGUGAAUGGUGAACUGGCGUCGUUGAAUCUUGAUGACGACAACCAUACUAACGCUGAAUAUACCAAAGAUAAUCCGGAUAUCAUAAUGUCUGAGAGCGGUGAAGAUCAGCGUCAUUCAGAUCCUCCGACGCUUGAAGUUAAUAUUCGUAACCAACAGAAUCCACUAGUUCCGAUUAUCAGCGUUACUCCUCACUCUCCGGGAUUAGCUAAACAUUAUCCUGUCUUAGAAGAUAAUCUCCAACAGCUUCACGAAAUUCACAACAGUAUUCAGCGAAUGCGUGAUUUGACAUUAUGCACCUUAGGCUUCGGGAAUCGUUUACUACAGAAUGAACCAUCACAGCGACUAAGUGCAUCAUGUCCAUCACUUUGUCCUUUGAGCUUAGCAGCCGCAAAAGGACGUACUGGUGAUCGUGGUGGUCCUGGUCCUGGUUCAGAUCCUGAUCUUGCCAAUUGUUCUACCAACAGUUCUCCAACACAUUUUCCAAAUUCUGGACAAUUACCACCUUCAAUGCUGGGCGUAGAUCGACGUCGCAGUUGGACUGAUCUUGAGGAAACUCGACACCGUCAUCGGUGUCAAAUUCAAAACCAUUUACAAGCACAAAAUAUGAGACAACGCAGUAUCAGUUUGAGUAGUCUAGAUAGCGAAAUAGACCUUGAAUCGGACGGUAAAUCACGUUCCCCUUGUGCAGGAGUUACUAAUAGAUCGUGUAGAUCUCAAACAAGUACCCACUCUCUCAAUGAGGCUGACCUUGUUCAGAUUGAUUUACAGAAGCUAGCGGUUAAAAGAGGUGGCAAUCAAAGGUCGACGGAAACAUCAAACUUGCUACCAGGGGUUACAGGAUCACGUUUACCCCUUCAAAAAUCAAUUUCCACACCAUCAAUCAUCACCCCACCUGGACAAACUUUACUUGCUGAGUCAGGUUCACGCGCAACCCCCUCUUUAGCCGCCAGACGACUUGAAAGAAAUGAGAAAGGUAGUGGAAGUGAGACUGAGACUGAGGACCUUCAUACAGCCCAUAGUCAUCAUCACCCAUUCCAUGAAGAUUUAAUACGUGAAGAUUCCGCUAAUGUUCAAGUUUCUCUCGACGAGCUUAUGACUGAUGGUACAGCUUAUGACGAUCAGCAUUCGGAAAAAACACGUAGGAAGAGAGGUUCAUUAUUUUUCCGUAAAAAAAAAGACAAAAGUGGGAAGAAACCUAGUCCGCAGUCCCAUCAUUGGAUAACAAUGACUGCUGGGACUCAGGGAACUGUUGUUUGCGAUAUUUGCAUGAAACAACUCAGCAAUAAAUCUAUUUUACAGUGUGAAAUUUGCGGAACAUCAGUACAUCAAAAUCAAUCAUGUCGCGAUCAAGUGUCAACAGAAUGUUCAAAGACAAAGAGUACUAAAGGUGCUAUUAAAUCAAUAUCAAAUGUUUCAAUAGCUACGAGUGUAGGACACGUUAAACGCGGUUCAACGGCUUCUCUACCGCCGACAAGCUCAUCUGGUUCCACUAAGGAAAUUAGCACCAAGAAAACAGUGACAAGCUACAGCCCUUGGCGGCGUGUUGCCACCAAGCUUGGAGUCAAUCAAAUAAUCAGCGAGGAAAAAGACGGCGAUACUGGACAUCGAGAUAUUGUUAGCGGGUGGGAAGAGUUUGACUUUGGUGAUGACGUCCACUUACUUACAAUCAGCGAUAUAGAAGGACUGGAUCCAGAGUUAAAACUGGGAGGAGAUGAACCAGAUUCUUGGAGCGCAGCAAUUGGACGUAGCGAAGCAUUGAGACUUGUUGACAAUAAUGAUCGUGAAGUUAAGCGUCAAGAGCAUAUUUAUGAAUUUGUCCUUACAGAAAAGCAUCACUGUCUUGUAUUACUAGCAAUGGAUAGAAUAUUUGUUGAAGGAUUAAGGCGGCAUUUCCGUUUGGGUGCACCAGAUCUUGAACGAAUGUUUCCACGGUUACGUGAUUUAAUAGACAUCCACUUGCGUUUUUUAUUAAAAUUACGAAAACGCCAAAGCGCUAAUCCAGUAGUACCGACAAUAGCUGACAUACUUGUUGAACAAUUUUCAGAUGAUAAUUCAGCACGUAUGACAAGUGCUUACGGUGAAUUUUGUAGCCGUCAUCGUGAUGCUGUUGAUACAUACAAGUAUUAUUUACGCAUGGACGCUAGAUUUGCACGGUUUGUUAAACUAUGUCAGACUAAUCCUUUGUUGAAGAAAAAAGGCAUACCUGAAUGUAUUUUAUUUGUAACGCAACGUUUGACAAAGUAUCCAUUGCUCGUUGAGCCGUUGAUUAAAACGGGUACAGUUAAUGAGGAAAAAGAAAAUUUACGUCAGGCAUUAAAUCUUGUUAAACAAAUACUGGGUGACGUUGACACUUGUGUUGCUGAUAAAGAACGUGAAGAUAGAAAAUUAGAAAUAUAUAAUCGUAUUGAUGCUAAAUCAUUUGCUCAUCAUCGUGGUGUUAAAUUUAAGAAAUCCGAUUUAAUGGCAUUUAAUCGUGUUUUAAAAUUCGAGGGUACUGCAUACCUUAUGCAAGGUCGUGGAAAAAUGGUACCAGUAACUGUAGUCGUCUUGUCUGAUGUAUUAUUAUUUUUAGCUGAAACACGAGAUCAAAAGUACGCUUUCUUUGUACCUGAUAAUAAAGCUGGAGUUGUAUCACUGCAAAAAUUAUUGGUCCGUGAAAAGGCUGGCCAAGAGUCUCGUAGUAUAUAUGUUAUCAGUAGCAAUCCCUCUGAACCAGAAAUGUUUGAGCUAAAAGUACAGAAACCAAAAGAUAAACAUUUGUGGAUAUCGGCUAUACGUUCUGCUGUUGAAGCAUGUCCACAGGACUGUGAAAAUGACACUUUAGAUGAAGGCUCUAUUGGUGAGAUUCCUGGUACUAGGUCAUCAUCUGCAUCUACUUUGUCUAUUGAUGAACGACAACGUAUUGCUAAAGCCAAGGAAACUCAUAUACUACGAAUAAUAAGUGAGUUGAGAAAAAAAGACACCGAACAAGCGCUUUUGUUGGAAGAGAAAAUGGCUCUACAGAUGAGAUUGGUAUACGAGGGUAAUAUGUGCAAUGAGAAUGAUAAUGAAGCUGAUAAAACCGAGCGGAAUGAAAAUAUACCCGAUUACACUCGAUUGUGUCGUGGUGAUGGCUCUGAUUCGUGGCAAGUAUGGCAAGAGGUUGUAGUAGCUGUACAAGAAGCAACACGACUUGCAAGCUCUCUAUCAUACGGAGCGGGUGGUGGUUCAUUAUCACGGAGUUUAAGCUCUGCUGGUGAACGUCACAGUGAAGCUUAUAUUCCUCCGGCUCUUUGUAUUCCGCGGCGAGCAGAAACUUUUGCUGGAUUUGACAACAACAAUAAAGAACGAUAUCCAUGGCGAGAUUCAGCUACACUACAUUCCGUAAUGACGCCACCAAAAACAAGUGACUUUGUGAAGGAAAGUGAUAUUAAAAAGGAGGGUGACGCUCAUGAAAUUAACAAAGAUCAGCAAAUAGCUGCAAUAAGACUAUCCCAUUAUAUCUACACAUUACUUUGCAUAAUAAGUAAUCAAAUGACGACAAUAGAUAGCCUCCAAGCUCAAUUAUCGGCGUGUAAAGAUGGUGGAGUAGGUAAAUCAUCAAACAGCCGGCCAAAUCCGAAUCGUCAAUUAGAGGAGCUGAGAAAUUUGCAAGAUCAGUUGAGUCGUGAAAAGGCAGCCUUCCGGGCAGCCACUCAGCAAGAACGGAAGGAGUUGUCUGAGGAGCGUGCUGAAUUAACGAGACUUAGAGAACAAGUAGCCGCUGAACAGCUCGACGUGACAAAUCAACGUGAUCAAUUGUAUCGACGACUCGAAGCAUUGGAACGCUCGGGUGUUGUUACAACGCCGACAGUUUGUUCAAAUGCAACUCACGUGUCUCACGUUAGCCAGUCCAGUGACACUCUUCAGUCACGCAAGUCAUUACCGGAUGCUAAAAGGAUACCGUUGAAUUUAAUAAGUGCUACUAAUCAACAGAAAGCACCAAGUAAUCUACCGCCUGUUAAGCAACAACUACCACUUAAGCUUGCCAGCGGCAGUAACAACAAUAGUACAAGGAGCGUCAGUACUGGAUGCAAUAACAGCCCGGAUCGUCACUCACGGACGAGUUGUAGCCCAGCCUCAGUGGUCACUACUUCGGCCUACUCAUCUCCAGAAUUAGGUCAUAACCAUCAUCAUCUCCAUCAUCACCAUCAUAAUAAUGGAAAUCAUUCAUUAUUGUCAUCGUCAUCAUCAUCAUCAGCAUCUUCAUCGAAUCGUUCAGUUCGUAUUGCACGCUCAUCAGUAGAAUCCUACCAUCAUCAACAAUCGCAACAACAACAACAGCAGCAGCAACAUCAGUCGACACUACCACCUCAACCACAUCAACAGCGUGCUGAGCCACAGCAACCACUUGAAGAGGAAGUUAUAUUUUUCUGACGAUUCUUCCGGUUUGGUCGAAAACACAGUCGACCACCUCGUGCAUCUACAAAUGCACCAGGCACACCCACCUCUACUCCAACUCCAUCGCGCAGCCCGUCAAAGGAGGCACAAUCAAGGAGCCGCGUUAAAUCAUUUUGACUUCCAAUAUUCAAAACUGAUGAUUAAUGUAUUAUUUAUACACUGAAUAAGGUCAGUGAGUUUGUUUAUUUGUCCUUUUGGUAUUGACGUUUAUAAACAACUGGAUAGUUUGCUUUUUUGAAAUUAUUAUUUACUCAAUUUACGAUAUAAGCAUUCGCUUUUAUUGAAAUUAUUUUAUUAAAUAUAAACGUGAUUAUUAACGAUGAAAAAAAUUUUUUAAUAAUGAAAUUGAUACUUUUUAGAUCAGUAUAAAAAAAAACAAUGAAGUAUUUCAAAUGAGUAUUAAUUAACCGUUUUGGUGAACUAAUUUAGAUCAUCUUGUUGCUAAUUCUGGUAAUCGACUGAAAGUUUCUUAUAUAAUACUGACAAAAUACAAACUCACACAUACACAAGAGUCGAUAACUGGAUAAUUGUUGAAAAUUAUAAUAAAUAUUAAGAUUUUUGGACAUAUGAAGCGUGAUCAGUAAUUAUAAAAAAUAAUAUUUGUGUUGCUUUUCCAAUUUAUGUACAUAUGUAUAUAUUAGUAUAUAUAUGUAUGUAUGUAUGGAUGUAUGUGCAAUCGACAUUUUUUCUGUCCUCUUACUCCAAUAUAUGGAUAAUGAUUAUUGAUUAUUAUUUUUUACUACUAUUAUUACAAAAAGAAAUUAUUUUUGUUGUAAAAAAAGCCUGUUUAGCGGAAAAAAUAAUUAUUUUUUAAUACAUUUUCAAGAAAUAAUAAUAAAAAAAAAGUUGAAAGCGACGACGAUCGGUACAUACUACAGUAUUAAAAAAAUUUAUAAUAAAAGAAUAUAAAUAAAUAUUAUUAAUAUAUGAUAUGAUAAACGCACUGUUAAACAAAAUAAAGCAAUCGUUAUUUUAAAUUCAGCGUACUUGAUAAUCGUUAACUUCCAGUUUUGAUUGAAUUUAUUAUAUAAAAAAUGAUUCGUCAUUAUGUACAAUAAAAUUGUAUCAUUAAUUUUAAAGAUUUUGUAUUUGUAAUUUGAGAUACUGUCGUAGUUUGGAAAAACAAAAUCCAUUAAAAAUGAAAAUAAAUUUAUCAAGUAAAACUUUUCCUCAUCCAACGAUUAGACAAGGCGGGUGUUACCCUAAUUACGUGUCCUAUGACUGAUUAUUUAAAAAAAAAUCCUUACUAAGUGUAUUUAUGAACUAAUAAAAAUAAUUUUGAUUCACAAAUACGCUUAAUGAGAAUCUUAUUAAAUGAUGAUAGGGUCCGGGUAGUAUUCUUUAUCAUCGAAUAUUAGAAGAGAAUAAUCUCGAUAAAAGGCAACGAAUGUGCCUCAUUAAUUACAAAAUAUUAAAAAAAAAAAAACUGUUUUUUGUGAUUUUUUAUGCAUUUAUUUUUUAUUAUUUUUUUUCAUGCGUGCUCCAAUAUAUUCCAAGAAUAACUAAUCGAAAAAAAAUAUUUAUAUUCCAAUGAAUAACCUGGAGCUCAUUUAUAUUGCAUUUAAUUAAACAAAAUAAUUUUAAAAGUAAUAGUCAACAUUAAGAAUGGAAAUUAGCCAAUUGUGAGGAAAUAUCCUCAUUUUCAUAUUAAUUAUAUCUCACAUAAUAAAUAGCAAAUGAGGAUUUGGAAAGGCUGGCUUAUUCACUGCCAUUUGUUAAUUAAUGAUUUUUUAAUAACUUUAAAAAUUAUUUAUGAUCAUUAUAAUUAUUGCGUUAAAUACGAUGGAUAAAACAUUCAAAUGACAUUAACUAGAUUCAUAAAAUAAAAUCUGUAUUAAAGAGAACAAACGUCAGAGUGAAAUGUCUUUUUUUUUAUUCAAUAAAUGAAUUAAUUAAAAUUACGUGUAAGCGUGCAAUACUUUUGAAAAAAAAAAACGAAUUAAAUAAUCGAUGCAAAAAACCUGAAGAGAAAACGAUCCGUACUUAAUAAUUAAUAAUCUGUAUAAAUUAAUUUUAAAAAAAUCAAUUAUAGAUUAUCAUAUAAUUAUAAUAAUAGUAAUAUUAAUUACUGUUAUUUAAUAAUAACUCUUCAAAAAAUCAAUUGUGGUGACAAUAGAAUUUUACCGUUAUACUGUAAGUUUGUCGAUUGUAAGAGAGUAAAUAAUAAUAAAUAUGUAUCGUGAUAUGUUAAAAAAAAAAAAGUAAGAUUGUUAUUGGAUUAUUGUAUGUACUUUGUAUGUGUGAGUGUAUUAAUGUAGGUAAACAUAUAUUGUUAAAAAAGAAAUUGUAUUUAAUAAUUGAUGAUUGAUUGAAGUAAUAUUAAACUCUUAUUUAAGAAGACUUCCGGUAGAGGAUAUGGUAUAUAAUAAGUCAUUUAAUUAUUAUAGUACUGUAGUAAAAAAAAAAAAAAAAAAAAAUAAUUAUUAAUAUUAACUGAUGAAAGAUUGAUAAAAGUUACUCUGAGAAAUUAUGUACUAGUUCAUGCUCACUAAGUUUAACUUUACUAAAGUCUUUGCUGCAAUCAAUUAUAAUUAUAAUUAUACAUAUAUAAUUGUAAUUAAGGAUAUACAUAUGUUGUUUUAUGCUCAUACAACUAAAUGACACUGUCGUUGAUUAUUACUAUCAUUAUUAUACUACUAAAUUGUUAAUGCGAAUGCCGAUUCAUUUAUUAAUCGGUACUGUUGAUGAAACGUUAGAUAAUGUCUUACGGCCUACUUUUUAUCAUAAAAAAUUUUUUUUGCUUUAAAUUGUAAAUUUAUUUGUGCGUACAAUCGCUUAUACUUUUUAAGACGUCUAAAAAAAAAAGAUAAACAAUAAUAAGUAAAAUACAAGUUUCUAGAUUAUAAAAAUGGGAGGAAUAAGAAACAUAAGCGGCCCCGGUAUUGUCAUAUUUAAAAAGUGACGACAAAUAUACAUAUAUAUAUUUCUAAUUAUUGAAAAAUAUUUCGGAGCAAGUAUUUUUGUACUUAAACUCUGUAACUACUUCUAUUGUUAUUGUGAUAUCGGUAAUAAUGUUAAUCGCUUUAUUUUUAUUUGCUUACAAUUGAAAUAUUUUCUUAAUAUGAAACUUUAUAUAGCUGAAAUUUCAAGUAUUUUUUCUCGCAUCGAAUGUUUAAAAAAAAAAUAUAUAUAUAUAUAUAUAUAUAUAUAUUUUUUAAAAAAUACUCGAUUGACGAGUCUCGUAAUAAAAUGAUAUACAAAUGAAUAAAUAAUGCAAUUAAAAGUAUUUAAGCGAGACUGUGUUUUAAAAUUGCAAUUAAAGAGAAAAUCAUUUUUGCCUGAAUUUAUAUUCCCUUUUAAAGACUUGUUACUAUUAAAUCUAAUUAUUAUAUUUACAUAAUCAAUCUACGCGCUCAUAAUAGUGAUCUUUAUUGUUAUUAUUAUAAUAAUUAAUUAAUCGACUUGUUGAUUAAUUAAUAUUACUACUUAUUUUCUUCUUAUUCCAACUUUUUAUACUUACAUUUAAUUAGCCACGUGUUAUGACAAAAGCAGUUUUAUAUAUUUAUUCCUGUUAAAUCGUGUAUAAAGUAAAUCUUAAAAAGAAAAAAAAAACAUUUAUUAAGGUGCUCGUAGAUAAAUUAUUUUAAUGAGCUAGAACGAUUUUUUCGAAAUAAAAUUUAGUGAAAAAUUUUUUUAAGCUUAAUAUUUUAACGAUUUGGCAAGGCAGUUGUUAUCUCACUUCCAUGUUCUAAAAUUAAUUAUCUGGAGAGACACCACUGGUCAUAUUUAUCUGUACUAAAACUUAAAAUUCGCGAGUAUUAAAAUUAAUAGAGAACAGUUAUCUU